AGACACACACGCAUCCGCUAAAAUGAGGGGAUUUUAGCUCAAAACGCUGGAUGUUUAAAAACGUGGAUUUUUGUAAAGACUGGCCCUCCUCGUCUGCCGUAGAUACGACUUUAUUCUAUCAAUGAGAUAUGCGGAGUGGCUCAACCGCCCGGUGGUAACGCAGAAAAAACCAAGAUGAAGAAGCAGUUCAACCGAAUGAGACAGCUCGCCAACCAAAGCGUGGGCAGGGCUGAAAAAACUGAAGUGUUAAGUGACGACCUACUACAGGUGGAGAAGCGCCUGGAGCUGGUGAAGCAGGUGUCCCACAGCACACACAAGAAGCUGACGGGCUGCCUGCAGGGCCAGCAGGGCGUGGACGUGGACAAGAGGUCGGUCCGCUCGCCCUCGAAGAAGCUUCCUCUCACAACUCUAGCACAAUGUAUGGUGGAGGGGGCGGUGGUGCUCGGGGACGAGUCUCUACUUGGGAAGAUGCUGAAGCUGUGCGGCGACACGCAGGACAAGAUGGCCCACGAGCUCACACUGUUCGAGCUCACCAUCGAGAGGGACGUCGUGGAGCCGCUGUACAACCUGGCGGAGGUGGAGAUCCCAAACAUCCAGAAACAGAGGAAGCAUCUAGCGAAGCUGGUGCUGGACAUGGACUCCGCCCGCACGCGGUUCUAUCAGUCCACGAAGUCUUCAGGACUCUCCGGCAACCUGCAGCCAUCCGGAGCGAAGGCCGACCACCACCGGGAGGAGAUGGAGGAGGCCGCCAACCGCAUGGAGAUCUGUAGAGAUCAGUUAUCAGCAGACAUGUACAGUUUUGUGGCCAAAGAAAUCGACUAUGCGAGCUACUUCCAGACGCUCAUCGAAGUCCAGGCAGAAUACCACAGGAAGUCGUUGGAGCUGCUGCAGAGUGUGCUGCCCCAGAUCAAAGCUCACCAGGAGACCUGGGUGGAGAAGCCGUGCUACGGGAAGCCAUUAGAGGACCACUUAGCGCUCAGCGGGAGAGAUAUUGCCUUCCCCAUCGAGGCCUGUGUCACCAUGCUGCUGGAGUGUGGCAUGCAGGAGGAGGGUUUGUUCAGAGUCGCUCCGUCGGCCUCCAAACUAAAGAAGCUGAAGGCGUCUUUGGACUGCGGCGUGUUGGAUGUUCAGGAGUACUCUGCAGACCCUCACGCCAUUGCAGGAGCUCUGAAGUCCUAUCUGCGGGAGCUCCCCGAGCCGCUUAUGACGUACGAGCUCUACGACGACUGGAUCCAGGCCUCCAACAUUCUCGAUCAAGACAAGAGGCUGCAGGCUCUCCUGAAUGCCUGUGAGAAACUCCCCUCGGCCAACAGCAACAACUUCAAGUAUUUGAUCAAAUUCCUCUCCAAACUGACCGAAGACCAGGAUAUGAACAAGAUGACGCCUGGAAACAUUGCCAUCGUCCUCGGACCCAAUCUGCUGUGGAUGCACGACGAAGGCGACAUCACGGAGAUGAUGACAACGGUUUCGCUGCAGAUCGUCGGCAUCAUCGAGCCCAUCAUCCAGCACGCCGACUGGUUCUACCCCGGAGAAAUCGAGUUCAACGUCACGGGGAACUACGGGAGUCCGGUUCACAGCAACCACAACGCCAACUACAACUCGAUGCCGUCACCGGACAUGGAGCAGAUGGAGCGGAGGCAGAACGACCAGAGCCGGCGGCCGCUCAGCGUCGCCACGGACAACAUGAUGCUGGAGUUCUACAAGAAGGACGGCAUGGGUGUCAGGGUGAUGGACACCACAUGGGUGUCGCGCAGGGGCUCGUCUUCCUCGCGUAAAAGCUCGUCCACGCCCACAAGCGUGCACCUCCCCAUCCCGCCCACUGACGCUCUCGUCCCCGAGCAGCCUGGGGAUUUCUCUGCCUCCCCCUCCCCCACCCCUCCUCCCACUAGCAGCGACCGAGCCAGCUCGGAUGAUGCGUCCAAUUGGUCGGACUCCUGUUACGCCUACCCCUCCCCUGAGGAGGAGAGGCUGCCUCCCCCUUACCCCUCUUCCUCCUCCUCCUCUUGCGCCUCCUAUUCGCUCCCCCACCUCCAUUUCUACACCAGAGCACCUCCGGGUAUGCGCCCCGUUGCCCCCAACCCAGAGUCCGUGCCCCCCGGCACGUCCCCUCCCUCCUGCCGCUGUGGCCCCAGCCCUCCCCAGCCUCCCCCCCACUCCCCCUGCCCGUCCCCUCAGCAGCUUGACGUCAACUCCAACCCUAAACCCAAACCCAACUCCUCGCCCCUGCCCACAGAGGCCUCCCCGACCGACGCUUCGUAUGCGGUCCUGCCGGAAGCAAAUGGCUCCACCCUUUACAUCAAACCCCUGCUUGUUGUCACGCGCCACGAUCUGUUCCUGGGCUCCCCCAAACCCCCCAACACCCCCCUCUCUGCUCCCCCUCCAUGGGCCGCCUUUGCCUGUAGCCGGGAGAGAGGAGCCAAGCCGACUAGUACUCUGAAGAACAAGGAGCUGUCUCCGGUGAUUGGACAGAAGGGACUCCAGGCGACGAUGACCUCUUGUGGGCAGUCUGACCACAGCCCUCUCACCCUGAGGAGAGCAAAGAAGCUGGCCCCCAUCCCCCCCAAAGUCCCGUACUGCCAGUCGGGAGCCAUGUCCGACCAGUCGACGGGUCAGCCGUCUCCGGUCAGCCUGUCGCCCACUCCUCCCAGCACCCCGUCCCCGUACAGCUUCAGCUACCCGCAGGGCUACGCCACCAUCGGCUCCCCGGGGCAGAUCCAGAUGGCCACGACCCCGUCCCUCUCCUCUCCGUCCUCGCUGGUGGGGACUCUCACCAAGACCCGGCCGACCCCCAAGCCGCCCCGGCAGAGGCCCAGCUUGCCUCCCCCUCAGCCCCCCAGCACACCCGGCACCAGUCCCCAGCCUCUGGACCAUUCGACGGGCCUCCUGGACGGCUUGUCCCCCGGGGAGAGCAUGUCCACAGAUUCUCUCUGCAACUUCGACAUCCCAAUCAUCGACCUGGACCUGGACUGUAUUUUCGACCUGCCCCACAUCUCCACCUUCAGGAACUCAACGGCACUGUUUGAAUGCGGCGGCGGCGGCAGAGCGGAGCCGGAGGACGAGUCCGACAGCACCGUGCUAUGAUGCCGCUGAGACCCUCCACCUGUCGGCUGACGCCCUCGCCCCCACCCCAGUCACUCAUUCAUUGACCUCUCACCUCUCCAGCUGGAUUACUUCAGCCUCACCUGUACUCCAUCAAGAGGGGUCAACUCGUAAAAACUGAAAAAACGCACCUAAAAGAAAUCACAUGAGGGAGCUCAGACAAUUCAUUUGACAUGUCAUGUUGGCUGUUUUUUAAAAUUUAAUUUAAAUGUUAUGUU